CCAACGAACUCCUCCUCAACAGAAAUUGAAUUUGAGGCUCAUUUAAGCUCAUAUUCAUUUGCUGUUUAGAGGAGUUAUACUUGUCCCCUUUCAAAACAAGAACGCGGGUAGCACAAUAGGCCAUCGCCAACAAUAACCAUAUUGGGAAAAUCCAUUUAAGUCUUUUUUAAUUUCCAGAGCACAUAAAAGAUGGCAGAAGGUGAGGAAAUUCAGCCUCUUGUCUGUGAUAAUGGAACUGGAAUGGUUAAGGCUGGAUUCGCCGGAGAUGAUGCUCCAAGAGCUGUGUUCCCUAGCAUUGUUGGACGCCCUCGUCACACUGGUGUGAUGGUUGGCAUGGGCCAGAAGGAUGCUUAUGUUGGUGAUGAGGCUCAAUCCAAAAGGGGUAUUUUGACUUUGAAGUAUCCAAUUGAACACGGAAUCGUUAGCAAUUGGGAUGAUAUGGAGAAAAUUUGGCAUCACACCUUCUACAAUGAACUUCGUGUGGCUCCAGAAGAACACCCUGUUCUCCUCACAGAAGCUCCUCUUAAUCCAAAGGCCAAUCGAGAAAAGAUGACUCAGAUCAUGUUUGAGACCUUCAACGCCCCUGCCAUGUAUGUCGCCAUUCAGGCUGUUCUUUCCCUCUAUGCCAGUGGACGUACUACUGGUAUUGUGCUGGACUCUGGUGAUGGUGUCAGCCACACAGUUCCCAUCUAUGAAGGUUAUGCUCUCCCACACGCAAUCCUGCGUCUUGAUCUGGCAGGGCGUGAUCUCACAGAUCACCUCAUGAAGAUUCUCACAGAAAGAGGCUACUCUUUCACCACCACGGCCGAGCGGGAAAUUGUUAGGGAUGUGAAGGAGAAGUUGGCUUACAUUGCUCUUGACUAUGAACAAGAACUUGAAACAGCAAAGACCAGCUCAUCCGUGGAGAAGAGCUACGAGCUGCCUGAUGGACAGGUUAUCACCAUUGGUGCUGAGAGAUUCCGCUGCCCAGAAGUUCUGUUCCAACCAUCAAUGAUCGGAAUGGAAGCUGCUGGUAUUCAUGAAACCACAUACAAUUCCAUCAUGAAGUGUGACGUUGAUAUCAGAAAGGAUCUGUAUGGAAACAUUGUCCUCAGUGGUGGUACCACCAUGUUCCCGGGCAUUGCUGAUAGGAUGAGCAAGGAAAUUACCGCAUUAGCUCCAAGUAGCAUGAAGAUCAAGGUUGUCGCCCCACCUGAGAGGAAGUACAGUGUUUGGAUUGGAGGAUCUAUUUUGGCCUCUCUCAGCACAUUCCAGCAGAUGUGGAUCGCUAAGGCAGAGUAUGAUGAAUCUGGACCUUCAAUUGUUCACAGAAAAUGCUUCUAAAUACAGCAUUCCAAGAAAGAGAAACAGAAGAAAUAUACAAACUCUCAUUUUGAGAGCAGCACCGCGUUUAUUGAUUGCAUAUAAUAUGCUUCUCAUUUGUAUUUCCUUUUGAUUAUUUUUGUUUCUAUCUCUUUAUCUGAAUCAAUCUCAAAUAUUCGGUCAUUGUUGGUAUGAAAAAGCAAGCAGUUCAUGUUAAGAGUCAAUUUAAAAUUAAUAUUUUUAUAUAGAGUUGUAUGUGAAAUGAUGUUGUGAUUUGGUAUAUGGAUAAAGAGCUUGUCAGUUCAUUUUAUA